AAGGAGGCAUAAACCUUCUCUUUCUGAUGAUGGUCGGGGACAAGAGGAUCAAUCAUGUACAAAUUCAGUAAAGAAUGUAAAUGGAUCCUCGAUCCAUAAACCCCAACCAAAUAAAAACUCCAGUUAAGAGACCUCUCAUAAGCCAAAGAUCCGCAGAGAAGCGUUUAGAUCAUCAGAAUUUACAGGUAGAAUGCAGAUUGAAAGACCAAGCAAGUCUAGACACAAGAACCCCUGAUGAAGGGCCAGGAGAUGAUGGCCCAAAGAGAAUUUCUGAAAAUAUAGUGGAAUGCUUAUCUAGCAUUCUCCUAAGAAUGAGUUUGAAGAAGAAUCAAAGUGGUGCAGAAAAUUUACCCUCCAUAUCGACCUCUUCAACUCGAGAAAGCAGUGAAGAAACAAAUUAUUGGUAUCCUUAUGGUGUUUGUUCAGUAUAUGGAAUGAGAGAUAUUGGUCCAUAUAAGAAAUUAUGUCACAUUGAAGCUGGCUCAAUCAACCCAAACCGAACAGAAAAUUCUGUGUUUCUACUUCGUAGAUUAAAACUCCUCCUGGGGAAACUUGCCUCUGUCAACUUAGAAAGCCUCAUCCAUCAGGGGAAGCUAGCAUUCUGGAUAAACAUUUACAAUUCCUGCAUGAUGAAUGCAUUCCUAGAACACGGAAUACCAGAGAGCCAUGAGAUGGUUUUUGCUUUGAUGCAGAAGGUAUGUAAUAUCCAGGAACUCCUCUUUCUUGGUAGGAUAAGGAUAUAUUGUAAUUUCAUUUGCGAUACUUAUAUCAAAUGCUUGAAGGCCUCUAUUUAAAAUAUGACUUUGCUGCAAACCAACUUGUAGCUUUUAACAUGAAAUGGAUAUAGGCAGUC